CCCACAGUUUCCUGUUAAAUGUUAAAUGACAAUUUUGUCACUCUUUCAUUGCUCACUCUUCCUCUUCAAACAUCAGCUCGACUCUCCUUCUGUUUGUCAUCUGAAAGGAAAGAUGUGGACGUCUGGAAUCUGUCUGAUUCUUUUACUCAACGCUGGAUGUGUUGCCGCACAAGCAGACAGCAAUUUGUGUUACAUCCUUGACGCCAUUCUGAUCAUUUACGGCAUUGUGUUGACCGUCCUAUACUGCAGAUUAAGGAUGCGGCCGACUAAUGCAAAUAACACAGAGAAACAAGGGGGCGGAAUCUAUGAGGGUCUACAGCGUCCACAUCAAGACACCUACGACACGCUUCAUGGACUAAAGAAGAAACCGCUGGCUUGAUCCUCUCUCAAACUGUGCAGCUCAUUUAAUACUCUUGUGCAAUACGGUCUGAAGAUUACAGCUUUACAUGUUGCUUUUAUGGCAUUGGAAUAUAAUCUUGUUUAUAAGUAAAUACACAAAAGUUUCUGUUCUAUAGCUGUUAGCACAUUUCUAUUAAACAAAUAUUCCCAGUUUGUGUCACAGACAGUCAAUGUAUAGAAUGCUUGUGUAACUAAAGCUUUUAACUCAUAAUUAUACGUAAUAAAGUUACUUUACUAACAA